UCGUUUCCGGUUUGUCACUUCCGGGAUUUUUGACACGCAAAAUGUUUACAAUUUCUUUAUCAAUGCGCUCCAAGUCGUUUUGAGAAAUGGAAAUACACUUAGCUAAAUUUUAAAGAUGUGGUCAAUAUUUUCGCGUGAUCCGGCAAAGGAUUUUGCGUAUGUUAUCGGCGAGAGAGUCCCUGGCUUAGAGGAGAAGUCGGUCUGGUCACUUCACCAGGGAAAGAAAAAGACAGGAGGAGAACCAGUGUCAGUGUUUGUAUUUGACAUAAAAUCCAGCAGUGAAUCACAGACUGCACUAGCAAGGUCAUCCUUCAAAAGAAUUAAAACUCUGAGACAUCCAAACAUUCUCACCUUCUUAGAUGGAAUUGAGACAGAUAAAGUGAUAUACAUAGCCACAGAGCCGGUCACUCCCUUGUCAACAUACAUAGAGAACAACGAUGCUUCAGAAAGGCAAAAUCAGCUGGCAAUUUCAUGGGGGCUCCAUAAAAUUACGAAAGGAUUAUCAUUCUUGGUGAAUGACUGCAAUUUGAUACACAAUAAUACUUGUAUGUCAUCGGUGUUUGUGGACCAGGCAGGAGAGUGGAAGCUAGGUGGGGUUGAUUAUUUGUACCCUGCCACAGGUCCUGAGAGUGUUCCACCAGUUAAAAUAUUGCCCUACCUAGAAAGAUAUGACCCUCCUGAAAAGUCUGACUUAAAGAGGGGAAUCAAAGGAGAACAAUGGUCCUCAGAUAUGUGGGGCCUUGGUUGUCUGAUAUGGGAAGUCUUCAAUGGACCUUUACCACGGACGUCAGCCCUCAAAGCUUUUGGAAAGAUACCAAAGAACCUGGUGCCUAACUACUGUGAACUUGUGAGUGCAAACCCGUCGUCCCGUCCCAAUCCUGCCAAAUUUAUCUCUGACUGUUGUAGACAGGGAGGCUUCAUGAAUAACCCUUUUGUGAAAACUAUGCUCUUUCUUGAAGAAAUCCAGAUAAAGGAACCAUCGGAAAAGUCAAACUUUUUCAGCAAACUUACAGAUGCUAUAGACACAUUUCCAAAGCAGUUAAGUCGACACAAAGUGUUGCCCCAGUUACUGCAUGCCUACGAGUUUGGCAACUGUGGAUCAAUGGUGUUAGCUCCUCUGUUCAAGGUAGGAAGGUUAUUAGACAAUGAUGAGUACCAGGCAAAGAUUGUACCUUGUGUUGUCAAACUGUUCUCCUCAACAGAUAGAAAUACCAGGGUGAAACUACUACAGCAGAUAGACAUGUUUGUUGAACAUUUACAUGCUCAGACUGUGAAUGAUAAAAUCUUUCCCAGUAUUGUCACGGGCUUUAUGGACACAAACCCAGUAGUGAGAGAAAGUACUAUAAAGGCCAUGUUACAUUUAGCACCAAAAUUAAACUACAAGAAUCUGAAUGAAGAACUGAUGAAACAUUUUGCAAGAUUGCAGGCCAAAGAUGAUCAGGGAGGAAUAAGAACGAACACAACAGUAUGCCUGGGUAAAAUUGGCUCAUACCUGAACCCGCAGUUAAGACAGCGUGUUUUAUGUUCAGCAUUUUUACGUGCUAUCAAAGAUCCGUUCCCGCCAGCACGUCAGGCAGGUAUUAUUGGUAUGGGUGUCACCCAGCAUCUGUUUACUAUGGCUGAUAUUGCACAGAAAUUGAUGCCACCGCUGUGUAUGAUGACCAUGGAUCCUGAGAAAAUUGUUAGAGACCAGGCAUUCAAGACUUUGAAGAGUUUUUAUGAGAGGUUGGAGAAAUUGUCAGAAAAUCCAGACCUGUUACAAGAGUUAGAGAAGGAUGUUUUCUCCGGAGGUACAGUUAAUAACACAGCAGCUGGCUGGGCAGGUUGGGCCAUAGGUGGUGUUUCUACACUCACCUCUAAAGUGUACAGUAAAGCAACAAAGAAACAAACAGGACCUCAGAUGAAAGGGCCGGCCCAGACAGACACCAGUGCUGCAUCUAAACCUACUGUAGAAUCUGUGACACCUGUGUCACCUUCAGGUGUUAAUGCUGAUGAUAAAAAUGAUGAUAUAGAGGAACAGAAUGAUAAUGACUGGGGUGAAGAUGAUGAUGACUGGGGCGAAAUUGAUACCCCAGCAUCUACCAGUGAACAUACAGCACAGAAUGCUCAAUCAUAUGGUGAUGAUGAUGAUGAUAAUGAAGACAAUGAUGAUGGUUGGGAUAAUGAAGAUGAUGAUAACUGGGGAUCUAUAGAGGCUGUGCCUACACAACCGUCACAUUCUAGGAGUGCAAAUAGGACACAAGAUUCAUUUGGAAUUAACAAAACAAACAGUGAAUCAAGUUUUGGUCAUAAACAGAGUAAACAGUCUGAUAGUGAUUGGGGGUGGGGUAAUGAUGAUAUGUCAACAUUUGAAAAUGCUAGUACUGUUUCAAAUAAGCAAGUAAAAGGAGCUUUAAAACUUGGUGGCCCUAAGAAAGCAACUAGUGAUGAUUUUGGUUGGAUUGAAGAAGAAUUUGCACCUAUAGAAGACAGUAGUGUAAAACCAGCAAGUUCAUAUGAUUGGGGAACUUCUGGUGAACAUACUGGACAAGAUUUCUUUUCUAUGAUUGAUACUGGCCCUAAGGUUGGUAAAACAAAGAGGCCACAAAGUCACUCAAGCGGUAGUUCCACACAGUCCACUCCCUCCAGAGAAACCACUCCCUCAAAUGCAAAACAGCCUGGUUCACAGUCUAAAUUAAAGGAACAGAACCAGUCUGCAGUGAGAGACAAAGGGGGAGGUUUUGACGAAUCUGGAUGGGGGGACACAGGAGGCUGGGAGGAUGAUAGCUGGGAUAAUCUGUCAGCAUCAAAGGAGACAGAAGCAGAAAGAAAAAAGCGGGAACGGGAAGAGAAGAGGUUACAACGUCAGCAGGAGAUGGCGCAGAAACGCGAGGCCAGGAAGGGUGGUGCAAUGAAACUUGGAGCCAAAAAAUUAGCAGCAGAUUGAUAUUGUUUGUGCUUGAUGAUUGUAUGUUAUUUAUGUAGAAAUGUCUUGGAGUUAAUGGUGUCUGUAUUUGUUACUGAAGAGAGACGAUGUUUCAGAUAGGAUAUUACACUUACGUUUGUGCAGAAAUAAAGUGUUUGUCUUCCAGUAUUAUGUGACAUAUGAAGUAAGAUGUAGGAAUAGAUAUACAAACAAGCUAAGAAUGCAUUGUCUACAAUCGUUGUUUAAUGACUCGUAUGAAGAUAUAUCUCCACUGAUCUUUUUUGACAUCUUAUUUAAUCAUUUGAGACAUUAUGUGAAAAGCUGCUUGCAACAACUGCUUGCACUUUUAAGAAUAUGUUGUGUUUUAAAGUGUUGUGUGUAUGAUGCUUUAUGUUUAUUUAUGUUUUACCAGUCAGUCAGUGUCUUUAUGUUCACAGUGUUAUAGACCAUCCAGUCUAAGAUUAUAAACUGUUCCGAGACCAUUUUCUAGGUUUUGCGGAUUUUACCACUAAUCAGUUAUAUUAUUGAAGAAAAAAACUACCACACUUUCAUAGAGAAUUUAGAGAAGUCUCCCAAGUUUGGCUUUUUAUUUGGUAUCCUGUAAUAUUUGCAGGCUAAACUUUUAAAAUUCAAAGUGAACAAAUGAAAGAUAUAAAUAUGAGGAGUAUUCUUUUAUGAUAUGAGCUGUGCCAUGGGAAAACCAACAUAGUGGCUUUGCGACCAGCAUGGAUCCAGACCAGCCUGCGCAUCCGCGCAGUCUGGUCAGGAUCCAUGCUGUUCGCUAACGGUUUCUCUAAUUGCAGUAGGCUUUAAAAGCGAACAGCAUGGAUCCUGACCAGACUGUGCGGAUGCGCAGGCUGGUCUGGAUCCAUGCUGGUCGCAAACCCACUAUGUUGGUUUUCUCAUGACACGGCUCAUAUAUUGUCUGUAGACAGGAGAAUAUUGCUUAGAAAGAUUUUGUACAUUGUUGGAUAGCCACAAUUGACUACCUGCAUCUGUCAAACGUGGGUUAAUUGGCUAGCUUCCUGCUGGUCUGCAAAAUAGAAGUACAGUGGAAGAAGAGUGGAGGAAAGAACUGGUCGUGGAUGUAUGACAUUGUGUUCCAUAUUAACAUAUUUAAUGAAUUUGGAGUUAUGUGUAUGACGUACAAACAUGUGUAUUAUCAUAAGACUACAUGUAUACGUGAAUUAUCGAGAUAAUGUGAAAAAGAAAUGAAAUAAAAUGGGAAAUUAUUAACAAAU